GAGCGUCUCUGCUGGAGGCUGCGAGGCGGCGGAGGAGCAGAGGCGUCCGGACCGCAGACACUCACAGUCCGGAGGCACCGCGGAGGAAACGCAACCGAGAGAGUCAUGGCAGCCGGGAGAAUGCGCUCCACUCGCAGACUGUGCUCCUGGAUCGUCGAACAGGUCAACAGUGGGAAGUACCCGGGCCUGGUCUGGGACGACGAGGCCAAAACUAUGUUCCGCAUCCCGUGGAAACACGCCGGGAAACAGGACUUCCGUAAGGACGAGGACGCCGCCAUCUUCAAGGCGUGGGCGGAGUUCAAAGGCAAGCUGACAGACGGGGGUCAGGACAACCCGGCGUCCUGGAAGACCCGUCUGCGCUGCGCCCUCAACAAGAGUCCGGAGUUCAGCGAGGAGAUGGAGCGAGCCCAGCUGGACAUCUCCGAGCCCUACAAGGUCUACCGCCUGGUCCCCAUCAGCGAGCAGGGUGUGGUGGUUCCUGAGAAGAAAUGCAGAGUAAAAGCCACCAAGAGGCCGAAAAGGAGGAAGAGCUCUGACUCCGAGAGCAGCGACGACAGUCAGCCCAAGCAGAUAAAGACGGAGGAGGUCACCUCCCAGCUGUGUGUUGAAGAGAUUGUGCUGUGGCCUGACCUCCCCGUCCAGACAGAAGACCCCGCUCAAUACGCCGCCCCCAUGCAGAGAGAAGAAGUCAAUGAGAUCAGGUUGGACGUGCGGAUCGAGGAGAGCGUUCCUGCUCCGGUAGGAGUCCAGGACUCUUUCAACGUGGUGAUUCAUUACUUGGGACAGGAGGUUCUGAAACGCCAAGUCCAGAGCACUGACAUCAGGAUAAUGUACUCGCCUCCGUCCCCCGUUCCCCCGCCGCCGGCCGCCCUGAAGGGCCGGUUUCCACGCAUCCCGCUGCCGGAGCCGCCCUGCACGCUGCCGGCCGUCCCCGAGCUGCAGGCCCUGUUCACCCUGCUGCCCUUCAUGGAGAAAGGGGUGGUGCUGACCGCCACGCCGCGGGGAGUCUACGGGAAACGGUUCUGCCAGGGGCGGGUCUUCUGGACGGGGCCGCACACGACCACGGGGCUGCACAAGAUGGAGAGAAACACGGACCCGGUUAUGCUCUUCAGUAAAGACUGCUUCAAGCAACAGCUGGACACCUUCCGUGUGAGCGGCGGCGAGCCUCCUCAGUGUGGCAUCACGCUGUGUUUCGGUGAAGAGCUGAGUCACACCGAAGACCCGUCUGGAAAACUCAUCAUAGUCCAGGUAAACAUCACGUUCCCGUGGGCAGAGCAGCAGGUCCAGAACGUCCAGAACGUCCAGAGCGUCCAGUCCGUCUUCGAGUCCAUCAGCUCCCUGUACACGUUGGCCAGCCAGUCUCCGGAGGGGGAGAUCACCCUGAACCUGGUUGCCAUGCCGUUGCCGGACUCGGAGACCAUCACCUGCGGCGGGAGCAUCCUGAGCACUUUCCCCGGCCGUGAUGGGGAAGUUUUCAUUCCAAAAUAAAAGGUACAGAGGGGCUGAGUGAUAAAUCACCAUGGUUACCACCCUGUACGCAACAUCUAAAAUUAGUCUCAAAUCUCCCGGAAAGAUUUCUGAUUUCAAAAUAAAAGCAUAUAGUUGAUUUUUUUUUAACGCUGAGUCCUAACAGAUAGCACAAAACCAACCUUAUGGCACUAAUCAAAACUCAGAUAGAAGACAUCAAUACCGGACUCUUUUUCUUUACCCUGACGAUGGAUAUUGAACGUUUUUCGGGAUGGACUUCGGCCCCUCACGUCCUCCUAGAGGUUAGUUGGUGAACUGGAAGCACUACAUGUUAAACCAACACUGAGAUGACGUCUUCACCGCUG